GGCACAGGAGCUUCAGCUGACUAGUCGGAUUUGCUUAUUAGACUUCUUCCAGGCUUUGACUUGUAAAUAGCACAAACCAUCGCCGCAGAGCGAAGUUUCCAAGAGUUGCAUAGAGUACUCGUCGUUGUAUGGAUGCCGUGCUGCUGGCGGGCAAAGAAAGCAUGCUUCACUGCUCUUCUUUUGAUCUUGAUCAAAUCAAACUGGGGACUGCCGGACUGACCGUCGACUUAGCGAGUGCGUUUGGAUGACAUCAGGAAGCACCCAUUUGAUGCCGUAACUAUCCAAACGCAUUCCCACUUUUAACGCCAUCUGCUUGACACGUGGUUCAGUGGUUAUCCCGCAUUAACAGUCAAAGCUCUCUCUGCUUUAUCCCAACUCCCAACUAUGACCAAGUUUCGGUGUCACCGCACAACAGUUGCUCUUCAGUUUCAGUUUCCCGCUCUCUCUUUCUCUCUCCGCCUCCGAUCAUAAACUGAAAAGGGAAUACCUUCGUUUGAAACUCUGGAAUAAGUUUUACGUUAGCAGCUGCAGAAAUCCUUCAGCUCCAGACGGCUUUUUAGGGUUUGAAUUGUUCUUUCACAUCAAUGGUGCGGUGUCGUAUCCAACGUCGGGAAGAAGGAAAACCGGAUAGUUAGGGUUUUACGUUUGGUACUCUAUAUUAUAUAGAGUAAUUUGCAGGUUUAAUGUCGGAAAUCAAUCGAAAUGGCGGUGAUUUGUCCGCGGAGAUUGGAAUUCCAUCCGGACUGAACCGUAUUAAGACUCGGCGACUACCUUCCAAGGAUCGAUUCAGUCCUAAACCUGAUGACCUGCCUUCGGCCAGUGGUUCCCAGACGGUAGCUUUGAUUUCUUGCAGUGGAGUUCCUAGGCCUCCGCUCAAGCACAAGUCCGUAGACGAAGGAAAUGGACGGGUCAGCAGCCGUAAAGAAGGGUUUCGUAAGGGAAAGAAGAUUGCUCGAUGGUUUAGUUCAUAUCUCAGCAAGGGUUCUAAUAAAGCAUUUAAUGAUUUUCCUCCCAACAGUGAGGCUUCCAAUUCAGAAGUUAAGUUGCUUGAUAAGGAUGUUUCAAUACGAACUAAACAUUGUAUAGAUGAAAAAGAUUUGAAUGUAAAGCAAUCAUCACCGGAAAGUAAGCACACAAGAAAAUUGCCAAAAGGUUUAAAAAGUUUUUCACAUGAACUGGGACCAAAAGGAGGCAUUCGACCUGCCCAUCCUCGAGCCCACAGCUAUAAUGACUUGAAGGAACUUCUGGGAUCAUUGAAUUCAAGGUUUGAUGCUGCUAAAGAACUGGUGGAUGCAGAGCUGGCUAACUUUGCAAAGGAUGUUGUGGACCUUCUCAAGAAUGAGAACUCUUCAUCUACAAAAUACCGUAAAGUGAUUGAGGGUCUUCUGAUUCUUGCUCAGCAAUGCACAGAGAUCACUUCCUGUGAGUUCCGUGCAAAGUGUGAAGCAAUUGUACAGGAUCUUGCUGAGAAGCGGCGGCAGUGUGAGGCAGGAUUACUGAAACAGCUGUUCACACGCAUGCUUUUCAUUUUAACACGUUGCACACGGUUGUUACAGUUUCAGAAAGAUACUGAGCCAAUCAAUGAAGACUCUCUUCAUAAAUUUAAGCAAUGCUUAGAAAGUAUCCCUGCCAUAGAAAUGCGCUGGGCACCAAGGCCAGAAAGUGCUGAUUUUAGUUUAGAUGAUGACUUGAAUCAGAAGGAUAACAACAAACAAAAAUUUCUGGGUCAGAAUAAGGUCCUUUCGCUCUCAGAGAGAACACGGUGCAAUUCAGAAGAAGAAACAGAUGAGAGUGACACAACUUACAAGAAGGAUCCAACUACUUUUGUACAGAAGUCAUCAUCUCAAAAUUCCCAUAAUGAUACCCAUUCAAGUGAAAGUGGCAUCUCAGAAUCUGAUCCUAGCCAUAAUGCUCCUACAAGGAGUCUGUUUCCCUCAUAUCAGGAGGAUACCAUGCAAGAUUUCCACAAGUCUGAUGGUAGCUUAUGUGAAAAAAUGAUGCAUAGGUCCACUUCUUGUUCGCCUCAUGAGCAACACCAAAAUUUUGAUGAAUCCGAUUUAGUUAUCUGCCGGAUAUGUGAGGAAGUUGUUCCAACUUCUCAUUUGGAGGCUCAUUCCUAUAUAUGUGCUUAUGCAGAUAAGUGUGAUUUGAAGUGUUUGGAUGUAGAUGAACGACUCUCCAAACUUGCAGAGAUACUGGAACAAAUUGUUGAGUCCUGUGGCAUGAAUUCUCAUACAUCUUAUGGCAGCCCUGAUGUUUCAAGAAUACAGGGUAUGAACUCUACAGUUGGAUCAGAAGUUCAGUCACCAAAGGUAAUUGAAUGGCACAAUAAAGGAGUAGAGGGAAUGUUCGAAGAUCUUCACGAGAUGGACACAGCUUGUAUAGAUGAGUCUUACCCUGCAAGUUGCACUAAUUUGAAGAGUCAUUUGGCUAUGAAGCUUGGCCACUAUGGCGCACCAUCUUCUGCUGGGAGCAUGACAUCAGUAUCUUCUACAAAUACCCCAAGAGCAAGCCAUUUUGACUUAUUCUGGUUAGAGCACAACAACCCCUCUGAACCAGAAGAUGUGCAACAGAUGACUGACCUUGCAGAUAUUGCCCGCUGUGUGGCAAGUACAGAUCUUGCAAAAGAAGGAGCCUCAGAGUAUUUGCUUGCUUGCAUGCAUGAUUUACAGGACAUUUUACAGCAUAACAAGAUCAAGGCUCUGGUAAUUGAUACAUUUGGAAGCCGAAUAGAGAAUCUUACGAGGGAAAAGUAUCUACUAGCUUGUGAACAAAUGAAUGACAAAAGUCCUAAGAGUGACAGCAAAUAUAAGGACAGCCCUGGGUUCCUGGUGGAUAGUGCAUCUCAGAGUAGUACAAUGUCAACUCCUUUACAUCCUACACAUAAAGAGCGAACAAGCAUAGAUGACUUUGAAAUCAUUAAACCAAUAAGCAGAGGUGCCUUUGGUAAAGUCUUUCUUGCACGGAAACGUACAACAGGAGAUCUAUUUGCAAUAAAGGUACUCAAGAAAUUGGAUAUGAUAAGGAAAAAUGACAUUGAACACAUAUUAGCGGAGCGUAACAUAUUGAUCACUGUUCGAAAUCCUUUUGUGGUCCGAUUCUUUUACUCGUUCACCUGCAGAGAUAACCUUUACCUGGUUAUGGAAUAUCUGAAUGGAGGUGAUCUGUACUCCUUGCUUAGAAAAGUUGGCUGCUUGGAGGAGGACAUUGCUCGGAUUUAUAUUGCUGAACUGGUUCUGGCAUUAGAAUAUCUCCAUUCACUGGGAAUUGUCCAUCGUGAUUUGAAGCCUGACAAUAUAUUGAUUGCGCAUGAUGGACACAUCAAGCUUACAGACUUUGGACUAUCUAAGAUUGGCCUUAUUAAUAGCACAGUUGACCUAUCUGGGUCUGGGGCAAAUGAAACUACUCCAGUGGAUGGUGACGACCUCCAAACCUGUUUUGAACACAUUCAACAUGCAGAGGAGAGAACUCAAGCAUCAGCUGUUGGCACACCUGACUAUUUGGCACCUGAAAUCCUUCUUGGAACUGAACAUGGUUAUGCUGCAGAUUGGUGGUCAGUGGGAAUUAUCCUAUUCGAGUUUAUAACAGGAAUUCCGCCUUUCACUGCUGAAUGCCCUGAGAUAAUUUUUGAUAACAUCCUAAAUGGGAAAAUCCCUUGGCCUCCUGUUCCCACUGACAUGUCUUACGAGGCCCAAGACUUGAUUAACAGGUUUCUUACUCAUGAUCCAAGUCAGCGGCUGGGAGCAAAUGGAGCAUCUGAGGUAAAAGCACAUUCCUUCUUCAAGGGAGUCAAUUGGGAAACUCUUGCCUUACAGAAGGCUGCAUUUGUACCAAACCCUGACAGUGCGGAUGAUACAAGCUAUUUCAUGUCAAGGUAUUCUCAGAUUUCUAAUGGAAUACCAGAAGAUCAAAACUGCAGUAGUUCUGCCUCAAGCACAAGUAAUUCAUGUUCAGAUACUGGAAUUGAGAUGGACGAAUGUGGUGACCUGGCUGAGUUUGGCUCUUCUCCUCUAAAUCUUUCGUUGAUUAAUUUCUCGUUCAAGAAUUUAUCACAGCUGGCAUCCAUUAAUUAUGAUGUGCUACUGCAAAGUGUAAAAGAUCCAUCGAAGUGCCCAUCCCCAUCAAAAGGUCUAAACUCAUAGCUAAUUGGCUAUAGACAUUGCAUUUAUUUUCCAAAAUUUUAACCGUAAAUUUAUUUCACAGAAGAUAUAGAAAAAUAAUAAUAAUGAAAAAGGAAGAAGGUAAAAAUGUUACAAGAAUGGUAACAAAUCAAUACGGAUUUGAGAUGGGAGGUUCAUUCUCAA